CGGCCGAUGGUAGCUAACAGUUAGCUGGUGUUUUCGCAAUUUGGAAAGAUGGCCGGGGACGUGCGAGGUUUGGCGCUGGAGAAGGCCGAGAUGCUCUCCGGCCGCCUGAAGGAGCUGCUGUCGUCGGGACAAGGCUACGUCCUGGCGCAGUUCGGGCUGGACUUGGGUCUGAAGCCCGAGCUGUGCCCGACGUGGCUCAUCCUGUCCACGGCCGCGGCGGGUCUGCUGCUGCUGCUCGCCCUGUCCUGGGCCGCCGUCCGUGGCGGGCUGCGCGUCAGGAAACGGCGAGGCUCCGCGCCGGCCCGGGCCAGCGGCGAGCCCGACAGGGCCGACGAGGCGACAACUGCGAAGCCGGAGGAGCAGAAGAAGCGGAACAAAAAGAAAGCGGUGGACAAGGUUCCGCCGGCUGCGGCGACGAGCGGCCGGGUCACGAAGGGGCAGUCCAAUGGGCAGCCAGUGACUGUGGCACAGGCGGAAGUUAAAGUGACUGCGGUGGUUCCCAGGCAGUCACCACAGAUCAAAACUGAGAAGGUCCAACGUGUACAGGCUCCUGUGCAGGUGAAAAAGAACAAGAAGAAAACCAAGACGGACGUGAAACCAGUCCAGCAUGUGUCUACAAAUGAUGCAAAGGAACCCGAUGAUGGUGCAUGGGAGACCAAAGUCAGUAACCGUGAGAAGAGGCAGCAGCGCAGGAAGGACAAGGGCCCUGAGGACUCGGGUAGCUCAGGAGGUGUGGAGGCCCCCAAAACCCGUGUGAUGGCAACUGUAACUACAGCACCUACCAACACCAAGAAGAACAGAGGAAGCCAUGAGUCUUCAAGAACCACUGGAAAGGUGGAUAUACCCAGUGGAGCUGGUAAAGUGUCCUCCAGUUGGAGAGAGGAGACUUCAGCUAACGGUGUAGGAUAUACAGAAAAGCUUGCGGGCCAGACAGGUGCUAUGGACGGAUCCAAGUGGCGGAAUAUGGCAGCGGCUCCAAAUUACAGGGCCCCAGCUGAGCCCCAGCGCUGGGCACAGGAGCCGCAAGCAGCAUGGGGUGGCAUUGAUGGUCGGAUAAAGACUGAUCUCAACCCUGUGUCCUUCUCCAUGCGGAGGAAAAACACCUCAGACCCGGCAUCAAAUUCAAUUGAGCUGCAGUGGGCGAGCAAGCCAGACGUUAAUGAUGAAUGGUCUGGUUUCAAUGGGUUGGCAGCAGGGGACAACGCCUCUGACUGGAAUGCCCCCGCAGAGCACUGGGGAAACUAUGAGGAGCCUCCUGUGUUGGUGACACCAGCCCCUCCGCCUAAGCAACAGCCUCUCCCCAACAAGGUAUCAGAGGAUGAGAAGGACACCGAGGAUCCCUCCGGCGGAGCAGCAAAAUCCAAGAAGAAGAGGAAAAAGAAGAAGAAAACGGAAGAGGAAGCUGCAUCAGAGGAUCAGGUGGUGAGCAUAGCACCGCAGGUCAACGCAGUGUCUAAACCCCAAGAGCUUCCUGUGAUGGCCUUGAAAAAGCAGAAUCCCAUCCUACCCUCCUCUCAGAAGAUGACUGAGCAGACAGUGGAACCUCCGAAACCUGCCCAGAAGAAAAAGGUCCGGAGAGAAACAUGAAGUCGCGUCACAGGUCCAAACAAAGCAUAUGCAAACGAUUGUUGAAUAUGUCACAUGCAAUAAUUACUUGGUACAGAGUUUCUUUUUCUGAGCUACAUUAACAGUUUAUCAGUCACCUAAACAAGAUGAAAACAAGCAGUGGAUCUCACCUGCUCGGCGAAAUCAAGUGAUGAAAUCUGGUCCUGUGGACUGAAAUCUUAACUAAUUUGCACUAUUCUCUACACUGCAGCCAGAGUGGACUUUCAGGACAGGUAGAGUCGCAGUGUUGGUACAUGUUUAUGUAGUUGGUUUUUUUUUAACUGCAACAGAAGUGUUUGUUUAUCAUUGUUAAUCCAAAAAACAGAGUGGGUUCUUUAUUUUUUACUUUAAAGAGAAUCAUACAUUUUUAUACCCCAUCAUAUUGCACUUCGUUUUGUUUGUCAUGCUGCUGCCAGCAUAUCAAUUACUGAAAUCUGUGAGAGCAACGCUGUGUGUCAGUGCUAGUCUCAAAUCCUUCUUCAGGGGUUGGUUUGGAAUUUUCUGAAGGUUUAAGUUAAUUCAACACUCGCAUGCUUGUGCGUAUGUCGACGGUUAUCGGCCACUGCUAUCAUCCUUCCUCCUCAUCCUGGCAGUACAGUGAUGCCCUCAUAGAGCAACUAAGAGACGGGGGGGGGGGACAAAUAUCCACACCCCUCUGUUUUUUCUUUAAGUUAAGCCAAAGCUAAUAUGAGGCUUUAGCCAGGUCACCAAAUUAGACAAAUUGAUAGAUUUUCUUGCUGAGCAGUGGCAGAGGGAAACAUCCUGGUUGUGGCGUGUAGGUUUUUUUACAGCACGUAGACAACGUAUUUGUUGGCACUCUACAAAAGUAUUUUCUACCCAACUAAUAUGAAGAACAGUCAUUUUUCACUAUCAUUGUACAGAUGAUGACAUAGAAAGACUUGAAAACAUCCAAACUUGACCUGUUUUCACAGAAAAAUCCUCAUCGAGUACAACUCAUUGUCUGUAGGCUGCAUAGUUUGUACAAGCUCCUGUUUAUGAAUCAUGGCAGCCGUGGAGAGGUUGAAUCCAAUAAUCCAUCACAAGUGGUGGGAGGUUUCAUAGGAGUGAGAGAAAAAAUUAUCAUGGCCUUAGAAAAUUCUCCACCAUCACCCCUGCAGUGUAUUAGUGUGUUCCAAUCACUUGUAGUUUCACAGGGAGAUCAAGAAACUGGCUGCCUAUUUAGCCAUAAUUUGAUCAAAAAUUUGGAAUAAACUGACAAGAUGAUAAGUUUCCAAUUCAUCAUUCAUUUAUCGGACUUGAUCAAAAAAAAGUGUUGGUUUUUUUUAAAGAAAAUGCUAAAUUUGAUUUGGACACUGAAAACUCAUUCUGCAUUGACACUGAGCACAGUAACGGAUAUGAACCACCAGGGGGCGCUGUAAUGUCAAAUUGAGGAUCUGUGUCGUUCUCCCAUUCAACAGUAGCACUAUUGAGUAUUGUCCCUUUACUUUUAUCAUUCUGAGCGUGUCUUUCUUUAUCUGAUGAGAUUGUGCUUAGAUUUUUCUAGCGAUUUAAUGGUUACUUCUGCACUCUCUCUCUCUCCUGUUUAAAAAAAAGAUAUUUCCUUCCAGUUUUUGUGCUAGAAAAAGCCAUGCCAUAUGUACAGAUUGUAAGGGCUUUUUUCCAGUUCUGUGAUUGCACUGUGCAAAAGGCUGCAUUGAUGAGUUCCUUUUUUUGAUGUCAAUGAAUUGGGGUUUAUUUUGUACGACCUUUCUGUAGAAUGUGAAAAGUAACUUUUUUCGAUUUGAUCUUUGACGGGGGGGUUCUUGAUGUAUAUUAACAAUGAGAACAUGCGUCUAGAUAUAAUUAUGGAGCAGCUUUAAUUCCACAUCAAUGUUGGAUUUAGCCAACACACACACACACACACACACACACAAACACAUACACACACACACAGUUACACAUUAAAGGAAUUGAAUUCCGUUGCCUUAAUCUGUAGGUGUAUAGCAUUGGCGUCCUUUUUUUUUUUAUAGUUUCCAUCUAAUUGCAAGUUUUGAUGUCAGAAAUAAUUUCAUCUUGCACGACUUUGAUAAUAGUACCUUCGUACAUGAAAUGAAAUGAAUGAUUUCUUGCUUUAACUGUUAGAACUUGGUCGUGGAGUAGCCUACCACUCAAUGUAAAUACUGUAAUAGCUUUUUUUAAAGGAGACAAAUUGCAGCUUUUUUUGUGGAAAUCCAAUUUAGCAGAGAUUAACAGGAGCCUGUCGUUGGUAGGGAGAGAGCCUCAGCUGGCGGUGCACACAAUUGCUUGUGUACCUGAUUAAAACAAAGUGAUAUGUUGCUGUGGCUUUAGGCAUCUUUUUUUUAAUUAUCAUUAUUACAUUUUUCAGAUGAUUAUGAUCCAAUCAAUGUAUUUAUAUUCUUGUCUCUAGAACAUGUUUUUUGUGAAUGAUUUUGUUCAUUAAGGAGAUACAAAUGAUAUUUCUAUGUUUGUUUGGUAAAGAUGAAAAAUAAAUAAAAAUGCUUAAUAUCA